AAAGUGUUGUGAAACUAGACUAUUUCUUGGAGAGAAGCACAGUUUUCUCUUUCUAUCUCUCCUUGCCCCCUUCUAUUCGCCGUUAUUUUUAUUCUUUAUUUUUAUUUCUUUGGAUUUACGUUUUUGGGAAGGGAGGAACGAAGAUGAUUGGCCCUCAUCACAGUGGAAGCAAAACGUGUUUCGUUGUCCAAGGAUUUUUAUUCCAUUUUAUUUUUCUCUCUCUGUUUCCCUUUUUAAUUUUCCCUCAUAUAAUAAUGGUCUCUCCUUCUCAUGGCUGACUAGGUUUUAAACAAGAAGGAAAUGGCUUGAAUGUCCGUCUCCAAGUCUUUGAAAACGGACAGAAAAAAAGCAGACAUAGAGUUUAUUAGUUUGAAGUGCAGUAAAUUCAAUUGAUUAAUAAGUAGCUUCUCUUUCAAACCUGUUGAAUAAAGUAACUGAAAGGAACAAGCGGGUAAAAAAGAUGACGUAAGAAGUGACCGAGAGAGUUACUUUAAGAAGCUUUGAUUUCUCUAGCAUCCCCAUUUAUGGAAUACCACUGAAAUGAUUUUAGGUCAUACUUGCAGUUGAACAAAAUCUGCAAAAGAUUAGUGUGAUAAGUAUCCUAAAGAGGAGAAUGUAGCUUUUGAAAAACCCCCACAUUAUCAUUAUUUCAAAAGAAGAGUGGGUUUGGGUAAGAGGCAUCCUUGUUCCUUGUUGUCGAUGGAACAAAAUCAAAAACGAAUAAAAACCAUCGUCAAAGAGUCUCUCAAAGUUCUAACAAAGCCUUGGGCAAUAUUUAUUGAAGAGUUGAAUCAUAGAUGGCAGACAUCUUCCAAUAGACUUUUGUUGGUUCUCGGAGUUUGGUUUGGCGCCUUUGUACUUUUAACGACGUUGUUUACUUGCAUUCUUCUGUACAAGGAUAGUAAUAAAGCGCCCAUGGCGAAGGAGAAGUCAGAGAAUAAGGAACAAAAGAAGGAGCAAGUUGUCAAGAACUCCCCUUCGAGAAGCCCAGCAGCCUCCUUGAGACAUAGAGUUCCCAAGACUUCAUAAGAGGCCGCCUAAGAACAAAAGUACUUUGUCAUAAGUAAUGGUUGAGUCGGUUUGGUGUCUUGACAAACCUCUUUCAAGUAGACUCCUCGUCAAUACAGGAACAAAAUAUUUCGCCU